AUGAUUACAAAAAGACUAAUACGACAACUUCCUCGAAGGUAUUCGACGAUCCUGUUUAUUUCCAACGAAGAUAGACAUAUUUUUGAGUCUGAGAAGUUAACCAAAAGGGAGAAUAGUGAUGCUAUACCGGACAAGCCAAAUUUUUCAACCAUUGAUAAAGUUCAUCACGAAAUAGUGAAUCCCGAAGAAGUUGCCGAUUUGGUGACAAAGUUAAACACUAAUGAUGUCUUGAUUUCUAUACUAUCGAAGGAAAAAUAUCUAUAUGGAGACAAAGAUUAUGUCAUUAGAAGCAUUAAUAAGCUGUAUGAAACUCCAGUCGUGUUUCCAUUUUCAAGCAUACUUCUUGGUUGGAAAAAUGUGUACAACAAGCAAAUCAAGAACUUGAAAGAAAUUGAACCAGUCACUCAUAUGUUUCCACCAGUUGAGGACAAGUACUUGAACCUUUUAAAAGGUGCCGCCUCGUUCGAAGACUUUUUCAGAAAAUCGAGAGCUUUCAAAAACUCAAUCUUGAUUAAAGAGGGUAAAGUGCAACCGUCAGAGAUUAAAAGUUUGUUCACUGUCGAGUCUGCUUGCAAUUUGGUUUUGAGCACCAUUGAUCGCCCCGAGGCGCUCGAAGAGUUUUUAACCUUUGUUGCCCCAAAAGUGCAGAGUUUCACAUUCCACGGCUUGAAAGAAUUGUUGACACUGGUAACAUCAUUAUGUGAAGAGUUUCCUGUAAGUGCUUCUACCAUCAAUGAAUUAGCAGUACGUAUUAUUGAAUUGCAUCCGCGAAUGCUACGAGCUUUGGAAUCUGACAUUAAAGACAAGUUAGCUCGUUCAGUAAUCGAUAUCAAUUCAGAUCUUGCAACGAUUUUAAUCAAAGACCUUGUCAGUGCAUCUGUGUGUCCUUCUGAGAAAACAGUUGAAAAGUACUAUGCUAGCUACAAAUUCAUCGAUCCGGUGACUACAUUAAAAGAGUUGUCAUUCUUAAAACCGGUACUCCAUUAUCGCAAGAUGAGUGAUGUCGCAUUCAACUUGGUUCUCCAUACUGUAAGCAAUGUAAACGAGUUAAUAAAGCUCGUAACAUUGCUAAAAAGGACGCCUGAUAUGCUCAAUAACAAGCAAAAUGAAUUGUAUUCCAAAUUGCGUGAGAUGACUACGUCCCAACUAAUCACGACUCAAUUUUUGCGCUUCUUAUCAGCACGUAAUGUACGGUUGAAUAAAAAGCUACGGGAAAGAGCAAUUAAGGAUUACAAUAAUGAUUCAGAUGUGAUAACUGCUAUUAAUAAGAUAUCACGUGUAUAG